AUGGCUUUCCGUGGACAGCUCAGUAUGCUAGAAGACGUGACUACAAGCAAGAACUUUUUCAUCUUUGCAUGCAAAAAAAUAUUCAGUCUUGGCGACUUAAAAAAACAUGAUUUAUCGAGUCCGGUAAAGCUUGGAGAAGGAACAUUCGGCGAAGUGUUUCGAGUCAGUUACAAAGGGGAAAUCGUUGCGUUAAAGGUGAUCCCAGUUGGUGGUACCAAAAUGAUUAAUGGAGACAAGCAGAAGUCAUUUCGCGACAUUAGCGCAGAGCUAAUAGUUUCAAAAGAAUUAUCAGACUUAAAAUACAUCGAGGAAGGGCAUUCCACUCAGGGCUUCAUUCAUCUUAGAGGAGCUAUGGUAGUCAAAGGGUCCUACCCAAGAUCUUUAAUUAAUGCAUGGCAGCAAUACGAUGAACGCAUGAAGUCCGAAAAUGAUCAUCCGUGCAUUUUUAGCUCUAAUCAACAUUUUUUACUUCUAGCUUUUGAAGAUGGUGGAAUUGACUUGGAAAAAUAUAUGAUUUCUAAUGUUUUGCAAGCGUACAGCAUUAUUUACCAAGUCCUUUUGACACUUUCUGUAGCAGAAUAUCGACUUUCGUUUGAACAUCGUGAUCUGCAUUGUGGCAAUAUUCUCAUCCGAAGUGUUCAGUCUGAUAAUGCUGUUAAAGCAAAUUAUAAUGGUUAUGAAGUUAGCAUUCCUACAUAUGGUGUUGAAGUGAAAAUUAUCGACUUUACUCUGUCCAGAAUGUCUAAAGGAACGUCAACGAUUUUUUUUGAUUUGGCAAAAGAUGAUGAAUUAUUCACAGGCGAGGACUGUUUACAAUAUGAGAUCUAUCGAGCGAUGCGUGCGGUAAACAAGAACAAUUGGUUUCCGUUCUGUUCUAUCACAAAUGUGAUGUGGUUGAUAUAUCUCGUGCGUUAUUUAUACGACAAUAUGGAUGAAAAGAAUAUUGGCAGCCGAAGUGAAAGGAAAAAUUUCAUUUGUCAUUUCAAAGAUUUGCAUCGCUAUGCCAGCUUGUCUGAAUGGUUAGCAGAAAAAGCAGGUAGCACAAAUGAUUUCAUAGUAAUCGUCGAUGCAAAUCAUCAAGCUGCGGAAAUUUAA